AUGGUGCCCUACCACAAAUUGAGCAGCAGCAUCACCCCGAUGAAGUUCUCGGUGCAGCAAUUGGAAGAUUACGUGUAUUUGAAUCGCAGUUAUUUCGUCAUCGACUUGCGAUUGUACUCGUCGUCCACCAACGGCAUCGUGGCCGAUGCCAAUGCCGCCUCGGCUGCCAACAACACUCGGUUCGUGUACGCCGUCAACAACUUGGCCCACACCGUCUUCAAGCAGAUCAACUUGCGGUUCAAUGGCACCCUGAUGACCGAACAGGCUGACACCUACGCCUACUCGGCCUAUUUCCAGACGUUGCUCAACUACCACCGCGACGAUGGGGAGACGUUGUUGCAACCGCAGGGGUGGGUCAAUUUCUUGAACAUACCAGCAGAGCUGGCCGCCGCCGGCGGCAACGACGACAUCAGUACCACCAAUGGCUGGGCCCACGGGGACACCAACGCACUCAAGACCCUGACGACCCCUUUCCGGGGCAAUGCCGUGGUCCGUUUGAUCAUGCGCCCGUACCUGCCCGCCUUCCACACGGGCAAGAUCAUGGUGCCCGGGGUGGAAAUGAAUUUGGAACUGCACUUCAACAGUCCCGAUUUCUACACCUUUAGCACCCUGACCAGUAGCACCGGCGUCAAGCGGUACGUGACGUUGCGAGAACAAGAUGUGGACAUCACCCUUCAUUUGUGCCGACUGAGUCUCAACCCGGAUAUCUACGCGUCCCUGGAAGGGGAACGCAAGCUCCGAAAGCAGGUGGUCAAGUACCCGGUGGUGAGGGAUCAUAUUCGUACGUUCACGUUCAACGGGACCACCACUGUGUGGCAACAAGAUAACCUGUUCUCGGGCAAAGUGCCCCAGCGCAUGAUCGUGGGGAUCUUGGACAGCACGACCUUCAAUGGGGACAAGGAAAAGUACCCGUUUGCCUUCCAGAGCAAAGGGGUGACGUCCAUUCGACAGUUUACCGAGGGUGAAGAGUACCCGUACGUCACCCUGGAACUCACGGGCAUCACGACCUUGAAGAAUCGACUGGGGCAUUAUCGGUUCUUGGAAGCGGCCGGGGCCGUGCCCAAACAUCGCGAGUUCAUGGUCAAACCGGACGAGUGGGGCCACAACAAGAAUUGCACCCUGUUCAUGUGGAACAACGUGCCCAGCGGGGACGCCGAUGGCCCCAAACUCAAUCCCAAGCAGACCGGCAACGUGCGUCUGGAGAUCAAGUUCACGUCCCCACACCAUCUUGGUGUGGGGAGAAUUUGA